CAGGAACUCCCAAUCAGAACAGACUUCCAAGCAUCAGAGUGCACCCCUCAGCCAGAAAUCUCCCCAGAAGCACAAAAAGCAUUCUCAGUCAGUCCAGACCUCCAAGCAUCAGAAUGCAUUUCCCCAGAACCACAAAAGGCAUGUUCGGUCAGAGGAGGCCUCCAAACCAGAUGCACCUCUCAUCCCCAAAUCCCCUCCAGAACAGAAGAAACCUCCUCCGUCCAACCCGGACCAGGAAAGCCCUGGAUCCCCCGUCCUCAGACGCCCCGUUGGAAGCAGCCCCGGGGUGGGCAGGGUCCGCAGGGGAAGAGGAGCACUCCUCAGCGGCCGUCGGACAGGAAGUGCAGCGAUGGCAGUGGGACAGCAGCGGGGGGCAAACACGUCAUCAAGACUUCCAGCCUCUUCAGAAACAACCCCGACAUCCCCAGCGUCCAGGCUCCUAGUGUGACCCAGCUGAAGGAAAAGGUUUUCACCAGCGACUCCUUCUCUGAACUGGACCUGCAUCCCCACCUGGUGGCAACACUCAACAAGGUCCUGAAUGUGACCAGUAUGACCAGUGUCCAGAAACAGACCAUUCCUGUGCUACUAGCAGGAAAAGAUGCAGUGGUGCGCUCUCAAACCGGUUCAGGGAAGACAUUAGCCUAUGGCAUUCCUAUUGUGCAGUCGCUACAAGCAGUAGAACCCAAAAUUAAGCGAGGAGACGGGCCCCUGGCUGUGAUUGUUGUCCCUACUAGAGAGCUGGCCCAACAGAGCUUCCAGAUCUUCCAGAAGCUUCUAAAGCCAUUCACAUGGAUUGUUCCAGGAGUGUUGAUGGGAGGAGAGAAGAGGAAAGCAGAGAAAGCCAGACUGAGGAAAGGCAUCAACAUCCUGGUGUCCACUCCUGGACGACUGGUUGACCACAUAAACAACACACUCAGCAUUGUCUUCAGCAGUGUGCGCUGGCUCAUCCUCGACGAAGCUGAUCGGACUCUGGAUCUGGGAUUUGAGAAGGACCUGGCGGUCAUCUUAAAUGCCCUCAAUGGUGGAGGUUCCCCCAGGCAGAAUGUGCUGCUCUCUGCUACACUCACCGAGGGAUUGUCUCGACUGGCUGACAUCUGCAUGCAGGACCCCAUGAGCGUGCACGUGUGUGAGGAUGGCGGGAGCGCGCACGUGCCCGAGGGCAGCAGCAGCGUGCCCGCGUGUGAGGAUGGACACGAGGAGGCCCAGACUUCCCAGGUGUGUGAGGGUGCGGAGCAGGCCGAGGGGUUCGCCGUGCCCGAGAGCCUGCAGCAGCACAUGGUGGUCGUCCCCAGCAAGCUGCGCCUGGUCUGCCUCGCCGCCUUCAUCCUGGCCAAGUGCAAGUUUGAGAGUGGGCAGAAGCUGAUCGUGUUCUUGUCGAGCUGUGAGGCGGUGGAGUUUCUGCUGUCGCUCCUCACGGCUGUUCUGUGUGGAGAACGAGGCAACGACGCCACGCCCAAAAAGACUCCGCCCAAAAACAAACCCGCCCCCAACAAACCCGCCCCCAAAUCCAUCAACUUCCUGCGACUGCACGGGAACAUGAAACAAGAGGAGAGGAUGGAGGUGUUCCAGGAGUUCUCCCAGUGCAAGAGUGGAGUUCUGCUCUGUACCGAUGUUGCAGCUCGGGGACUCGACCUUCCUCAGGUGACCUGGAUCAUACAGUACAACCCUCCCCUCUCGGCUGCCGAGUACGUCCAUCGUGUGGGCCGCACAGCGCGUAUCGGCGCCGAAGGCUCCAGCCUCCUCUUCCUCACUCCAGCAGAGGUGGCCUACGUGGACGUCCUGGCCAAUCACAACAUCAGCUUGGCUGAGAUGAAACUGGAGGAGAUUUUGUCGGUACUGAUGAGAGAUGAGCGGUUCCGUGGCCGAGGACGUUGGGAUCAUAAGAAGGGUCAGGCGGCUGUUGACCAGGAGAUGCGGGAGAGAGCCACAGUGUUCCAGACGGUCUUUGAGAAUGUCGUCCACGCCAGCGAGGAGUCUGUCCAGACCGCCAAACGAGCGUUGCAGUCGUUUGUGCGGGCCUACACCACCUACCCCUCCGCCCUGAAGCACAUCUUCCACCUGCGUAGCCUCCAUCUGGGCCAUGCGGCCAAGAGCUUCGGCCUGAGAGACGCCCCACGGAACCUGACCCAGGCCCCCGGAGAGAAUGCGCGCAAGAACAAGAUCAAGAACAAAGACAACAAGCGGAAGCCAGGCAUGAGUGAACGUAAGCGUGUGGCUCAUCUGCUGUGCUCUGAGUUUGGGGACGGAGCCGACUGCAGCGUCCAGAAGAGGAAGAGGAGGAGGAGGAAAGGAAAGACCACAGAGGAGGAGACGCUGGAGGGAUGAAGCACAAGGCACACACACACACACACUUACCUGUUGUAUCCCACACAUCUCCCAUAUGGGGUGCUGGUCAGCUGUGGGUGUGUGUUUGUGUGUGGGGCUAUCAUGGCCUUGAAAGUUUGGACUCAGAAGGCAGCACAUGUGAUGAAAUAUAUUUCUACAAAUGGCUGUAGAUAUUUAUAUUGUUUUCCACUGUUUGUUUUACAGUGAACUAAAAUAUCUCUAAAUAUUUCCCAAAA